AUGCCACCACCAACCAUGGACGAGCCCAUCGCCCUCAUCGGAUACGGAGCUAGGUUUCCUGGAGGAUGCUCUGCUCCCUCCAAGCUCUGGUCAUUGAUAAAGAACCCUGUAGACAUCUCUAGCACUCCUCCGCCCUCUCGCUUCGACAUAGACCCCUUCUACCAUCCAGUCGCCAGCCACCACGGCACAACAAACGCAACAAAGGCCUACUGGCUUGAUGAAAACAUUGCCCGCUUCGAUGCUCCGUUUUUCAAUAUUCAAGCUCGAGAGGCUGACUCCAUGGACCCCCAGCAACGCUUGCUGAUGGAGGUUACCUUUGACGCGCUCAACGCCGCGGGUCAGCCCAUGGAACAGCUCCAAGGAUCUGAUACCGCAGUAUAUGUGGGCAUGAUGUGCGACGAUUGGCAUCAGAUGCUGAGCCGGGAUUGGCAAGCUCUACCGAGAUACACCGCUUCAAGCGUGGAGCGGGGAAUCAUGGCAAAUCGGAUUUCGUACUUCUUUGAUUGGCAUGGGCCGAGCAUGACCAUUGAUACUGCCUGCUCUAGCAGCAUGGUAGCGUUGGAUUUGGCUGUGCAGGCAUUGAGGAGUGGCAAGAGCAAAGUUGCCGUUGCAGCGGGGAGCAAUCUGAUUCUAAGCCCCUCAAUGUUUAUCUCUGAAAGCAACCUCGGCAUGCUAUCAUCCAGCGGCCGCUGUGCAAUGUGGGACGCCUCAGCGGAUGGCUAUGCUCGCGGCGAAGGGGUAGCCGCCGUCAUCAUCAAGACCCUAUCCCAAGCCCUAGCCGACAAUGACCCAAUCCAGUGCAUCAUCCGGGGAACAGCGGUCAAUCAGGAUGGCCGGACAUCCGGGCUAACCGCGCCCAGCGGCCGCGAUCAAGCAGCGCUGAUUUCUGAGUGCUACAGGAGCGCCGGGCUGGAUCCGGUCAACUGUCUGAGUGACCGGCCGCAAUAUUGCCAUGCGCAUGGAACGGGGACACAGGCCGGAGAUCCACAGGAGGCUGAGGCAAUAGCGACCGCGUUCUUUCCGCACGGAUCUCUUGCGGCGAGGGAGGCGCCGAAGUUGAUGGUCGGUUCAGUGAAAACUGUUAUUGGGCAUACGGAGGGGACGGCGGGGCUGGCGAGUGUUAUAAGUACGGCUUUGGCGCUGCAGAACAAAGUUAUCCCGCCGAAUCUUCAUUUCAAAACCCUGAAUCCCAGCGUGGCGCCUUUCUUUGACCGACUUGAAAUCCCCACGGUCGCUCUUGCGUGGCCGGUUGCUCCUGGCCAAGUCAGAAGAGCUAGUGUAAACAGCUUUGGAUUCGGGGGAACAAACGCUCAUUGCAUCCUCGAAGAGUAUACCCCUCCAACGAAACAGGAGGACGAUGCGGCCCCGACAACGCAUUUCAGUCCCCUGGUGUUUUCGGCCGCUUCAGAAGCUGCACUUAGACAGAUGUUGUUGGCAGCUGGGUCCUACCUACGCAGUACUCCGAAUGUUGACUUUCGAGACCUGGCAUACACUUUGCAACAUCGCCGGUCAACCCUCCCCUACCGCGCAUACCGCCCAGCGGUUGCCGCGUCAUGGAUUCAAAAUGGGAAAGACGCUCUGGAGAUGAUCCAGAGUGAGAAGCUCGGUAUCAGACACAAUGCAAGGCACCAGCCACCCAGAGUCCUCGGUAUCUUCACUGGCCAGGGGGCGCAGUGGCCCCGAAUGGGCGCGCAACUGGUCGAAAAAUCCCCUUUUGCCCGCAGUAGAAUAGCCGAGCUCGACGCAGCCCUGCAGACCAUCAAGAAUCUAGACCACUGCCCUACUUGGUCUAUUUAUGACCAGCUCGUUGCCCAGCCCGAGUCCUCGCGUGUGACCGAGGCCGCCGUUUCGCAGCCGCUCUCUCUUGCGGUGCAAAUCCUCCUCGUGGAUAUCCUUCGCGCCGCUGGGAUAUCUUUGACUGCCGUCGUUGGUCAUUCAUCUGGAGAGCUGGGGGCUGCAUAUGCUACGGGAAUGAUCUCCGCAGCCGAUGCGAUUCGUGUAGCGUAUUUGCGCGGCUUGCACACUCGUCUCGCCGCCAGCCCCAAUCCUAACAUAUCUCGGGGAGCCAUGGUCGCUGUUGGUAUUUCAGCAGCGGAGGGUAUGGCUUAUUGCAAUAAUCAUUUUGCCGGAAGGUUGGAUGUUGCCGCAGAGAAUUCGCCCUCGUUGGUAACACUCAGCGGCGACGAGGAUGCGGUCACGGAGGCGAUACAAGACUUCCAAGCGCGGGGGUUCUUUUCGCGACGGCUCAAAGUCGACACGGCCUACCACAGUGUGCAUAUGCUUCCUUGUGCAGGGCCGUUUCUAGAUUCCCUGAACGUUUGCGGCAUUCGGCCAGGUCGGGAGGCCAAUAUAUCAUGUCCAGUCUGGUUUUCGACAGUAUUCGACGGUGAAAUAAUGAGUCCCAGCAAAUUGACAAACCAGUACUGGAUUGACAACAUGUGCAAUCCUGUCUUGUUCAAAGGUGCGCUUGCACUCGCCCUGGAGAAAGGUCCCUUUGAUCUGGCCAUCGAGAUUGGACCCCACCCAGCGCUAAAAGGGCCAGCUGGGUCCAUGCUUGACCACGCAGCUGAGGUGCCCUAUACUGGCCUAAUACACCGUGGGAGAAAUGAUAUUGACGAAUUAAGCAGUGCUUUGGGAUAUAUAUGGACGCAUCUAGGUGCGAACAGCGUCCAAUUCUCGGCGGUCGAAAGGUUACUUUCUGGAACCGCGCGGCGCCCGACCAUGCUUGAAGAUUUACCACCGUAUCCCUUUGAUCAUACGCGGGAUCAUUGGCACGACGGCCAUUUUGGGGAUCAUUCCUUGUCCAAAACCAGGACGCAUCCAUUCAACACUCUACUCGGAUUUCCGUGUCUGGAUGCAGCCACUCCCGGCGUGUAUCAAUGGCGCAACAUAUUACGGCCGAGUGAGGUAAUUUGGCUCAGCGGCCACCGGCUCCAGGGCCAGACCGUCUUCCCGGCGAUGGGGUACAUAAGCGCCGCUGUUGAAGCCCUCAGACUCGUACUCAUCAAUUCUCGGCCAGAGGAUUCCAUACAAGUUUUGCAACUUGCACAUCUGGAAAUCACCCGGGCAAUGGUUUUUGACACCGAUGAUGCGGCCAUAGAGACAAUAUUUAGCCUUUCCUCGAUUAUCACAACAGAAGACACCGUUCGUGCCAAAUGGGCUUGCUAUUCCAAAAUCAAGUCAAGCCCUAUGGCUCUCAACGCACAAGGCUGCAUAUUCGCGCAACUUGGUAGCCCUGAUCCCGACAGUCUGAAAAUUGUGGCAGACAAAUCAUACAGCCUAGUCAGUGUGGACGAAGACCACUUUUACUCCAAUCUCUCGCGAGUAAGGUACAAUUAUUCGACCCCGUUCCACGGUGUGUCUAACAUCCAACGCAAGCCCGGGUACUGCAUUAGCAGGGUAAUAAACCCAUCCGGUUCAGAGUGGGAGGACAACCUGACACUUCACCCUGGGAUGCUUGAUUCUGCCUUGCAAACGAUUUUUGCAGCUUGGUCGUACCCCGGCGAUGGGCAGAUAUGGUCGCUGCACACCCCUGUGUCUGUGGCGUCAAUCAUCAUAAAUCCCUACUUCACGGCACUUGGGAAAGGCGGGAAACAGCAUUCACUGAAUGCUGUGACAUCGAUCUGUUCGAAAGAGGCGACCGCUGUCGUUGGUGAUGUUUUUCUACAUACUGCAGACGCAUCGUAUGCAUUCGCGCGGUUUGAAGGAGUCUCACUCGUUCCUGUUACCCCAGCCACCCCGGCAGACGACAAGACUAUCUUUGCGCGCUUCGAAAACGCACCAGCUUUCCCUGAGUCAGAGAUCGCUAGAGCCAAAGACGGACCGGCGACUUUCACCUCUUCCGCAAGUGGAGUUUGGGGCUCGGUAUCAAUGCAAGACUACAGUGUGAAUAAGCUGAUGGUUGAUUCAUUCCAUGACGAGGGCUCCUCCUCUUGGGAUAGUGCUGUUGCCGAGUGUGUCCGCCACGCUGUACUGUCCAUCUCACACCGGUAUCCUAGAUGCGAUAUUUGUGAAAUUAACGGAGGGGCCGGCGAUACAACUUUGGCGGUUCUGGACGCUAUAGAGGGCAGACAUGGCUCAUACACCUUUACUGAUCCCUCGGCCGCGUUAGUCGAAUGUGCAAGGGAGCGCCUCUGCACCAAAUCGCGCCCACUCAACUGCAAAGUUUUCAGUAUUGAAGAAAAUUACCAAGAGCACGAGUCCUUUGAAGGCUCCUAUGAUAUUAUCGUGGCUGUGGCUGUUCGCCCUACCUUGGAAACAGUCGAAUCGUCUUCGUCCAGUCUCGGCAGAUUAUUGAAGCCUGGAGGUUUCCUUCUUUCAGUUGCAGCGACGGCCGCUGACACUCGAGCUGGCGAUGUGGCCACACCUACAGCUCCUGUGGGCCACAGCGGUUUUGAGAGAUCGCUGCCAUUGUUGCCACUUCUUAGUCUAGGUCAGUGGGAUACGGCAUUGAAGGCAAAUGGGUUUGCAGGGGUCGACGCCAUCUUUCCUGCGGCAAGAACAGCACAAGAGUUUGUAUUAUUUGUCGCCCAGGCUGCCGACCACCGGGUAAGCUGGUUGCGCAGUCCACUUUCAUUUGAAGCACUGCCUACCGGUGUGCAAACAGGGAUGCUGGUUAUCAUCGGGGGUACGACAGGGCCAGUGGUUAAGCUUGCUCAGGAUAUUGCUAAACUCGCCGCUGGCCGUUUCAGCAAUAUGCGGACCUUUUCUACGCUCGAAGACUAUGCCGCCUUUCAACAGCCUCUUGCAGGCACUCUCGCAGGUGGUAUCAGCCUACUCUCCCUCACAGACCUGGACGAACCCUACCUUGCUGGGGUAACCCCUGGCAAGUUUGAAGCCCUCAAGGCAUGUUCUAACGCACGAACUGUGAUCUGGGCUACGUGCGGGUCACAGGAAGAUAGGCCAUACAGUUACAUGAUGACAGGGAUCGCUCGAACUAUCAAGUCGGAGAACCCAACGAUGCAUAUCCAGAUUUACGACUUGGACCCUAACCUACCAACUUGCAUCCAACCCACGACAGCUACUGACCUAACAAAUGCAUUACUUCAGCAGGUAGCUCUUGGUGUUUGGGGGGACGAUGCCUCCCUGUUAUGGACAGCAGAGCCGGAGGUGUAUGUCCGUGGAGGACGACUACUUAUUCCGCGGCUGGUCCCAGACCAUGAGAAGAACGCCAGAUAUAAUUCUCGAUACCGGGAUUUUCUGCAGACCGUAGAUCCCCACAGUGUGAGCUUGGAGCUUGCGGGUCUGGAGAACGGUAAGCUGGUUCUCCGCCAGCUGUCGCCUUUGGCCCACCUUCCGGGUCCCGGUACCGGAUCUCGAACGUUGCGCGUGACCCACUCAGUGCUACAAACUGUAUUUGCAGGCUCUGCGGGCUUCCUCCGAGUGUGCGCAGGUAUUGAAAUUAGCACUGGAGAUCCAGUGGUGGCUUUGAGCAUUUCCCAGACAACGCCUGCGAAAGUCCCUGCUGCAUGGUGCAUUUCUGUUGCGACGCCACCCACAGUAGAACUUCUUGUGUCUAUUGCUGCGCAUCUUGUUGCGGUGCGGAUUCUGAGUUAUGCUUUGCCGGGUAGCUCUAUCCUUCUCCAUGGGGUAGAUGCAGCAGUGGAGCGGGCUGUUCAAACGAGGGCUUCCAAAGCCGAUGUGAACGUGAUUUCCACUACUGCCACGGGAGCUUACCAGAAAAGACAACAUUCGAUACAUUCCCUGCAUCACAAGCCCACAAUCCCACGCGAAAUUUCUCUCUUCGUCAAUUUCGCGCAAGAUUCGAGGUCGGAUGCUCUUUCUUAUAAUGGCAUUCUUGAAGCCCUCGCUCCCGCUUGCCUGCGCCUGGACAAAUCGGCAUUCCUGAGCCACAAGGUCGCCAGUGAGAAUAUCAGCGCUUCUACGCAGAUAGAGCAUGUGGCAGACCUUCUACAAGAAGCACUUGGCGGUAUCCAAUAUCCGUCGGACUUGUCAGUGGAAUGCAUUCCGCUCGAUGCGGUGUGCUCACAUGCUCCUCUCCAGGAAUCGCUUUCAGUUGUGGACUGGACUGCUUCUGAGACUGUCACGGCCAGAGUGCAACCCAUUGAUUCCGGCAUCAUUUUUCGAGACGACAGGUCAUAUCUGCUUGUUGGUAUGGCUGGAGCCAUGGGGCAGUCGAUUGCAGGCUGGAUGAUCGCACAUGGCGCGCGGCAUAUCGUUCUCAGCAGCCGCACGCCCAACCCACAUCCGAAGUUUAUAGAGGAAAUGCGGGACAGGUACAAUGCCAAAGUGGUACCCCUUGCAAUGGAUAUCACCUCGAGAGAGUCCCUCCGCUCCGCGUACUCGACAAUGCAGGCCACACUCCCGCCCAUCGCCGGGCUCGUCAACGGUGCCAUGGUCCUCCAAGAUGCCCUGUUCACAGCCAUGACCCACGAGCAAUUCGUCGCGGCAACCGCACCCAAAGUCCAGGGGACGAUCCUCCUAGACGAUCUGUUCUACAAGGACAACGCGCUCGACUUCUUCGUCGUCGCAUCCAGCAUCUCCUGCGUCAUCGGCUGGGCGGGCCAGGCAAAUUACUCGGCCGCCAACCAGUUCAUGACGGCGCUGGUGACGCAGAGACGGAAGCGCGGCGUGCCGGGCUCCGCGAUGCAUAUCCCGGCUGUUCUCGGUAUUGGUCAAGCGGCCGAAUCCGGCACAUUUGACUUUGAGCACUUUCAAUCCCUGGGGCAUGUCAAUAUCGGGGAGGAGGAUCUGCAUACGCUCUUUGCAGAAGCGAUCCUAUCUGGCCGCCCAGGAAAGGAGGCUGCGGCCGCGUCCGCUAACCUGCACGGCGAUAUAAGUGUAGCCCAAGUUGUGAUGGGGAUUGACUAUACCCCCCCAGACACCGGAACCCUAAAUAACACCCGUUUAAUCCGCCGCCGCGACGCUAAAUUUAAUCACUUUGUCACCGACGACACCGCAAGUGAUACCAUACCCAGCAAAGCCCACGUCAAGGCCACGAAGCAGCAUCUCCGCUCCCAGCUGCAAUCGCUUCCCGACAAACAAGCAACAUACGCCGUCAUCCGCGACGCGCUGGUCACUCACCUCCGCCGCAUCCUGCGCCUCGCACCGGAGAAUCGGAUCGACGAGUCCACCGCUCUGAUCGACCAGUCCGUGGACUCUCUUGUCGCGAUGGACAUCCGGGCCUGGUUCCUGAGCGAGGUGGAUGUUGACGCGCCAACGCUGCUGAUCAUGGGCGGCGCCUCUGUUACAGAUCUAGUUUCUUUUGCGGUGGAGAGAUUGCAUGAACGGUCAUGA